AUGUUUUCUACACCCUCAGUAACAAAGUGCGCUAUCAUAGUAUCUACACUCCUUGUUUGUUUACCUACUCCAGCUGCAACUGUAAAACACGAAAAUUUUAAGACCUGCGACCAGUCUGGAUUCUGUAAGCGUAACCGCCAGUAUGCAAACAUUGCCACGAGUAAAGGUGCUACAUGGCAAGCUCCUUAUAGCAUUGCCGCCGAAUCACUCAGCUGGAAAGAUGGUCAACUGAAUGGAAUUAUCCAAAAAGUUGUUGAGGGCCAAACUGAACUGGUCCGCUUACCUAUAAAAAUUUCAUUCCUCAACUCUGGCUCAGCUCGUGUGACGAUUGAUGAAGAAAAACGCCAAAAAGGUGAAACUACUCUUCGCAAUGAGAGUCGUGCACGCAAAGAAAGAUAUAAUGAGACUGAAAUUUGGACCAUUAUUGAUGGACUAGAGUUGAGUAAGACGGCCAAGGAAAGGAGGGAUACCAAAAAAAGCACCGUAACUUAUGGGCCAGCCGGAAAAUUCGAGGCUCAAAUAACAUUCUCCCCGUUUUCAAUUGACUUCAAAAGAGAUUCUGCUUCGCAAAUAAAAUUCAAUGACCGGGGCUUAAUAAACGUAGAGCACUGGCGCCCAAAAGCUGAAGUUAGUGAACUAAAAGAGGGAGAGGUUGAAAAAAACUCCAAUGAGGACGAAAGCACAUGGUGGGACGAAAGUUUUGGUGGAUUCACUGAUAGUAAACCCCGAGGGCCCGAAAGUAUCGCAUUAGAUAUCACAUUUCCUGAUUAUGAACAUGUAUACGGUAUACCAGAACACGCCAGUCCUCUAUCUCUCAAGACCACUCGAGGAGGAGGUGGCAAUUACGACGAGCCAUAUCGAUUAUACAACGCAGAUGUUUUUGAAUAUAUCACAGACAGUUCGAUGACUCUCUAUGGCGCAAUUCCGUUCAUGCAAGCGCACAAGAAGGAUUCUACAGUGGGUAUUUUUUGGUUAAAUGCUGCAGAGACAUGGAUUGAUGUUAUAAAAGAAAUAGAACACCAAAGCCCAAUAAGUCUUGGUAUUGGAUCAAAGACAAGCACUAAAACCCACUGGAUCUCUGAGAGUGGGCUGAUAGAUAUUUUUGUCUUCCUUGGCCCUACACCAGAUGAUGUUAUACAGGCUUACGGAAAACUAACGGGAUUUUCUCAAUUACCACAACAAUUUGCUCUAGGCUAUCAUCAGUCUCGUUGGAAUUAUGUUAGCGAUGAAGAUGUGAGGGAAGUUGAUCUAAAGAUGUCGAAGCAUGAGAUUCCAUACGAUGUUAUAUGGCUAGAUAUUGAAUAUACUGAUGAUAAGAAAUACUUUACCUGGGAUCCCCUAACGUUCGCGAAUCCUACUGCCAUGCUCGAGCAGCUUGACAAGUCAAAACGGAAGCUCGUUGCCAUAAUUGACCCUCAUAUUAAAAAUAAAGAAGGAUACCGUGUAUUUGAAGAGAUGAAACAAAAAGAUCUUGCAGUACAUAACAAAGACGGACAGCCAUAUGAUGGCUGGUGCUGGCCGGGAGCCUCCCAAUGGGUUGAUUGCUUCAACCCUGCCACUAUUUCAUGGUGGAUGGGCUUAUUUAAGUAUAAUUUUUUCAAUGGAUCUUCGCCAAUUGUUUUUCUAUGGAACGAUAUGAAUGAGCCGUCUGUAUUCAAUGGCCCAGAGACAACUAUGCCCAAAGAUAAUCUUCAUCACGGGAAUUGGGAACAUCGAGAUGUUCAUAAUCUUUACGGUAUGACUUUUCACAAUGCAAGCUAUCACGCUAUGUUGGAACGCGAUGAGGGCGUUAUUAGACGCCCAUUUAUUCUCACUCGCUCCUAUUUUGCCGGGAGUCAGCGCCUUGGUGCUAUGUGGACUGGUGACAACCAGGCAAGCUGGGAUCAUCUUGCAGCUUCGAUUCCUAUGACUAUCAAUAAUGGAAUAUCCGGCUUUCCUUUUGCUGGGGCCGAUGUUGGAGGGUUUUUUGGCAAUCCCGAUAAAGAUCUUCUCACCCGUUGGUACCAAGCUGGUGCAUUUUAUCCAUUCUUCCGUGGUCAUGCGCACAUAGACACACGACGAAGAGAGCCAUACUUAAUUGAAGAACCAUACAGAUCUAUCAUAACACAGGCCCUUCAGCUACGGUAUUCUCUUCUUCCGGCAUGGUAUACUACAUUUUAUGAAGCGAGUAUUAAUGGAAGGCCCAUACUUCGCCCGCAUUACUUUCAAUAUCCUGGGGAUGAAUCCGGCUUCGCAAUAGAUGACCAAUUCUUUGUGGGUAGUACUGGACUCUUGGUAAAGCCAGUGGUUUCCCAGGAUGUUUCUAAUAUAGAAAUGUAUCUUCCCGAUAGUGAGGUCUACUAUGAUUACUUCGACUAUCAUAAAUAUACGGGUCCUGGCAAGAUUAAAAUUGAAACACCAUUAGAAAAAAUUCCUCUCUUAAUGCAGGGAGGUCACAUCAUUCCUCGGAAAGAUCGACGGCGGAGGAGUAGUGGUCUGAUGAAGUGGGAUCCGUACACUUUAAUUGUCACACUUUCUAAAGACUUCACGGCAAAAGGAGAUUUAUAUAUUGACGAUGGCGAGACAUUUGAUUAUCAAAAUGGGGCAUUUAUUCAUCGAAAAUUUGAAUUUAAAGAUGAUGUCCUUCAAAGCACAAGUAUUGGAACAAGGGGAAAAUUAGCAGAUUCUUUUGACCAUUCCAUGAAAAUUGUUAAGAUCGAACGAAUAAUCAUAGUAGGAGCACCUAAGGAGUGGUCCAAGAAAACAGCCAUAAAAUUGAACGAAGAUGAAUCUCACUUACAAUUUUAUGAAGGUGGAGAAGGAAAAUCGAGUUGGGCUAUUGUGAGAACACCAAACUUCAGUAUCGAUCAUGAUUGGAAAAUUAUGUUCCCGAUAAAAUCAGAAGAAAAAGAACUGUGA